ACAAAAGAUAAUGAAAUUGAUAAUAAUUUAACAAUAUCCACGAAAUUAUCUUCAACGGAUCAAUUAAUAUGCAAAUCACCACAAGAUUCACCAACGGGAUCGUCAUCACGAUCACCGUCACGAUCAAUGAUCAAAGAGAUUAUCAAUAUUGAGAGUACAGGAUCAAUGGAAUAUCUGAAUAAAGUACAACAAGAUAUUAAUAAUAAAAUUGGGUCACAUCGAAAUGUAAUAAAUCGACAACGUUCAACAGCCGAUACAUUAAUUUAUUUGGGUUUGUUACAAAUGUUAUUUGGAUGUAUGAUGGUUAUUUUUGGUGUAUUGGUAUUGGUCCAUGAUGCUGCAUUAUCGCAGAUAUGCGGUGGAAUUUGGGGUGGAUGUGUGGCAAUGACAUCUGGUCUUUUGGCGAUUGGUGCAGCAGCUCGUGAAUGUUGUCCAUUACGUCCAAAACUAGCAAAAUUAGCAUUAACUGGUCAUUUAGCAUUUAGUUUAGUAUCAUUGGCUGUUGCAAAUUUAGUACUGGUAUUUGCAGCCAUCGGUAUUGUACGUGAUUUAAACCGAACAGACGUAAUGUUUUAUGAAAAUUUAAAUGAAAAUACCACAGUUUCCGACGAAAAUGUUCUAUCAACAUUUACAGUAAAUAACAAUUGGCCAUCAAUAUUAGCAAAUAUUGGAUUACUUGUAUCAUGCACAUGUCAAUUUGUAACUGCAGCCAUAUCGUCAUGGCGAUGUGCUCGUUUACUAUGUCCAUGCUUUCAAAUUGUUGAGAAAUAUGAAAAUCAUUCAAUUAAUGGAACACCAUCCAUAAUUCAAGCUGCUGUUGCUGCAAACCCCAAGGAUAUUUUAGUUUCUGCAUGGUUGGGAAAUCAACAGGCACCAAGCAUACCGCCCACAUCAAGACCAGCAUCCACUUUACCUCGACCCAGAACAGCUGCAUCGUUACCACCAUCAGGAGGUGUGGGAGGACCACAUCCAUUACCUGGUGUUUAUAUUGUUAGCACUGCACCGCGAAAAGUGAAGAAACAAUUGAUACCAGCUCCUCUACGGCCAUUACCAGUUCCACCACAAAUGUUAGGGUAUCCGAUAAUUCCACCUCCUAAUUAUAUAAUGCCACCUCAUGUUCAUAAAUCUGCAGCGAAAAGCCGAAUGCGACAUCCUUAUGGUUCUUAUGACAAUAUUAAUCAUCGCCGACGGAAGAGAAUACCCUCUGAUCAACAAUUGCGAGCAUCAACAUUACCACAUAAAAUGUCACAACAGCGUCAUGAGAAACGUCAAAGAAAACAUAAAGAUCGGCGUGGAAUUACAGAAGAAGAAGUAGUUCGAACAUAUACUGGUUUAGAUCGAACCAUUGCCGAACAAUUUAUUGUACAUUGCGAUUCGAGUCGAAAUCAAAGUAGUAUAGUUAGUAAAUCAGAUGAAAGUGGACCAGAUACAUCAUUAUCAGUCAGUGAAAAUGCAUCUAAUGAUUUUUUGGUAGAAAAAUUAUAAAAGUUAUCGUGUACC